CCAUUUUACAUUUUAUUUGGCUGUGUUGUGUCGUGAGGUACAGACGCGUAAUAUUGUAGUGCAGUGUAGUGAGUUUUCCCAAAUAAUUACAUGGCUUCAAGUCAGUGAUAGUUUGAAAUCGUCAUGUCUGAUUCGGAGGGCAGUAAUUACUCCGGGAGCGGUUCGGAGGCUGGUAGCGUGGUGUCGAACCGUUCCAGGCGGAGUGCCGCGUCGAAUAGGUCUGCGAGGUCUCGCUCGGUGUCCCGCUCUCGGUCCCGCUCGGGGAGCCGCACGCCGAGCCGGAGCCCGAGCCGCUCGCGCUCCUGCUCCCGGUCGCCUUCGCGUUCACGAUCGCGCUCACGAUCAAGGAGUAGGUCUGCCGGGUCUGGAGGCAGCCGUAACCGAGACAACGAGGCCAAGGAGGCUUCUGGUGAUGAAGAAGUUGAGGAUGAGGAAGAGCCAGAAGGCGAGGACCUUGUGGACUCGGAAGAGUAUGACGAAGAUGAAGAAGAGGCACGGCACAGGAAGAAACGGAAGAAGGACAGUCGCUAUGGAGGCUUCAUCAUUGAUGAGGCUGAGGUAGAUGAUGAAGUCGAAGAAGAUGACGAAUGGGAAGAGGGAGCCCAAGAGAUGGGCAUCGUCGGCAACGAGGUGGACGAGAUGGGGCCCACGGCCCGAGAGAUUGAAGGCCGGCGUCGCGGCACCAACCUCUGGGACACACAGAAGGCUGAGAAGAUUGAGGAGUACUUCCGCAACAAGUAUGCCGAUGAAUCCGUUGCGUUGAGACACUUUGGUGAAGGUGGCGAGGAAAUGUCUGAUGAAAUCACACAGCAGACUCUCUUACCAGGCAUUAAAGACCCUAAUCUAUGGAUGGUAAAAUGCAGAAUUGGUGAAGAAAAAGCCACAGUGUUGCUCCUUAUGAGAAAGUUCAUUGCUUAUCAGUUUUCUGAAGAACCAUUCCAAAUCAAAUCCGUUGUCGCUCCAGAAGGCGUGAAAGGGUAUAUUUACAUUGAGGCGUACAAGCAAACUCAUGUGAAAGCGCUUAUUAAUAAUGUGGGGACGCUUAGGAUGGGUAUUUGGAAACAGGACAUGGUUCCCAUUAAGGAAAUGACAGAUGUAUUGAGAGUAGUGAAGGAACAGUCAGGAUUGAAAUCCAAGCAAUGGGUAAGGUUGAAGAGAGGUUUAUACAAAGAUGAUAUAGCUCAGGUGGACUAUGUGGAUCUGGCUCAGAACCAAGUGCAUCUCAAACUGCUCCCUAGAAUAGACUACACUAGACUGCGAGGAGCUUUAAGAACAGUUCAGAGUGAGAGUGAAGCAGCAAAACGUAAGAAGAAGAAACGCCCCGCUGCCAAACCAUUCGACCCCGAAGCCAUUAGAGCUAUCGGCGGCGAAGUCACGUCUGACGGCGACUUCUUACUAUUUGAAGGCAACAGAUACUCCAGAAAAGGCUUCCUUUAUAAAAACUUUACGAUGUCAGCCAUAUUGGCUGAAGGUGUUAAGCCGACUUUGAUGGAAUUGGAAAGAUUUGAAGAGCAGCCAGAAGGAAUAGAUAUCGAGCUUGCAGCGCCUGCCAAAGAUGAUCCGACAAGUCUGCACUCUUUCUCUAUGGGUGACAAUGUUGAAGUGUGCUCUGGUGAUCUGGCUAACUUGCAAGCUAGGAUUAUAGCUAUAGAUGGCUCUAUGAUCACCGUCAUGCCUAAACACGAUGCUCUGAAAGACCCUCUCGUCUUCAAACCUAAUGAGUUAAGAAAGUACUUCAAGCAGGGUGAUCACGUAAAGGUUUUAGCUGGUCGAUAUGAAGGCGACACUGGUCUCAUCGUCAGAGUAGAACCUCACAGAGUUGUAUUAGUCUCAGAUUUGACUAUGCAUGAGCUGGAAGUGUUACCAAGAGAUCUCCAGCUUUGCUCGGAUAUGGCGACCGGUGUCGAUUCCCUUGGACAGUUCCAAUGGGGCGAUAUGGUCCAAUUAGAUCCACAGACCGUUGGAGUCAUAGUUCGACUAGAAAAGGAGAAUUUCCACGUCUUAGGCAUGCAAGGGAAAGUGAUUGAAUGUAAGCCUCAAGCUUUGCAGAAAAGACGCGAAAAUCGCUUCACAAAAGCGUUAGAUUCCGAGCAAAACACGAUACAGAAGAAAGAUAUAGUGAAAGUUAUUGACGGACCACACGCAGGUCGCAAUGGAGAGAUUAAACAUCUGUAUAGAAAUUUCGCUUUUCUGCAGUCGAGAAUGUACUUAGAUAACGGUGGUAUAUUCGUAUGUAAGACUCGACAUCUUCAGCUAGCCGGUGGUAACAAAAAUCCAUCAGCUACUAACCAAUUAUCGCUUGGGUUUAUGUCUCCUCGCAUUCAAUCUCCAAUGCAUCCUUCUGGCAGAGGUGGGGCUACGCCUAGAGGCAGAGGUCGCGGUGCGGGUCGAGGCGGAGGCGUCACCAGAGACAGAGAGCUCAUCGGACAAACCAUCAAAAUCACUGGAGGACCAUACAAAGGCAACGUCGGUAUCGUUAAAGAUGCCACAGGAAGUACAGCCAGAGUCGAACUCCACUCCGCUUGUCAAACUAUCUCAGUCGACCGGAGUCACAUUGCGAACGUCGGAGCUCCUUCCAAAGACGGUUCCUCGUCCUUCUACAGCCGUACCCCCGGCCGGACGCCGACGGCCGCCGGCGCAGCCACGCCCACGUACCGCGACACCGGCCUCAAGACUCCCAUGCACGGCUCCCAGACACCUAUAUACGAUGUCGGGAACCGUACGCCUCACUACGGCUCGGCGACGCCUUCCCACGACGGGUCGCGUACGCCCGCUCACGGUGCCUGGGAUCCCGCGGCGGCCGCCACUCCGGCUAGGACCGACUUUGACUACGGUCUCGAUGAAUCCCCGGCUUCAUAUCCCGCUCCGUACGCAGCGGGGCCGUUCACGCCUCAAACCCCGGGCACGAUGUACGGGUCGGACCACAGCUACAGCCCGUACCAGCCGUCGCCGUCGCCGGCAGGGUACGCGGCGGGUUAUUUGGGUACGCCGUCGCCGGCCGGGUAUUCGCCGAGAAGCCCGUUCGCCGGAGAGGCGGCCGGAGACUGGCACACCACAGAGGUGGAAGUCCGAAUCCGUGGCUCAGAAGACGACGGUCUGGCCGGUCUCGCCGGACAAACCGGCGUGGUCCGCGGUCUGUCCGGGGCUAUGUGCGCGGUCUACUUGCCCAGGGAAGACCGCGUUGUCAACGUGCCCGGGGCUUUGUUAGAGCCAGUUGUACCCGCAUCUGGAGAAAGAGUCAAGGUGGUGGCCGGCGAAGAGCGCGAAGCCGUCGGGCAGCUCAUCAGUAUCGAGAACCAGGAGGGCGUGGUCAAGUUCGGCACCGACGACAUCAAGAUCAUGCAGCUACGCCAUCUCUGCAAGAUGAGCACCGCGUAAACACCCUGUAUAACUUCAGAGUAACAUCCUGUAUAAUUUUCUGCUGAGAACCUAAAUAAAAGCCUUGUCUCCAUAUCGCGCGGCAAACCAUCGAACAAUGGCUCGCGCGGCAGCCGCGCGCAAUGCAUACCGGGCUAGCCAACUCGAUGGCUCGAUUAUUAACAUACAGCAUGUAAUAUAAAUCGACAAAAUGAUAGAAUGCAGCCUGUAUAUUCCAGCGACUAGAGAAAUACGAUUGAUAAGACAAUUGACAACAAUAUGAUUAUUUCAAGGGUAAAGCCCCUUUGAACGCCACGCAAUGCGCGAACGUUGAUUAGAUAUUUGCCUGUAGCCGCGCGCGUCAGUUGACGUCUUUCUCAAAAGGGUAAUGGGUCACCUUAUAAUUAAAUAUGCCGAGGACGUAGCACUGGUAUUAAGACGCCCUGUAUUCUAUGUGGACUAGACUAUUGCAGACAUUGAAUAUGCUUUUGAGCAUCCUUCAUACUCUCUUGUAAGAAAAUCCAUUUUGUUUAGCGCAGUCUAAUUUUGUUACUUACAAAGGGUAUCCCGCUAUAGAAAAUGCUUGAUUAUGUGUAAGCACUUUUUUAUGAAAUAAGUGAUUAUAUUUAUUUCAUUUCCAUUGUUCUUCUCAUCUUUAGUUAAUCUAUUGAUAGACCGUAUUCCAAUGGGGAAUAUUAUAUUUUUGUUGACGUCAAAUCAUUUUACACAUAUUUUACAAACAUACUUCUCGAACCAAGACGGCAUUCGUCACAAGGUAAUCAUCUAUACAGGGUGUUAUUUCAAACACGUAUCUUGCGAGGUCAAUAUACAGGUCAUACCGAGUACCUUUUACUAUAGGACCAAUCCCGAAACCGCAAAAAAAAAAUUGUUUCAUACAUUUCGUCUGCAGAUGUUGAUGUGUUAUAUGAGCCAAUUUUUCAUUUAUUUCGGGAUGGUCCCAUAACAAAAGUUGCUCAGUCAGUGCUUAGUAUGAAGUUUUAGCCAAGAGUUGAAAAACACCCGUAUACUUACAUACAUAGAGUAACGUACCGGGAAUUGUCGAGACCAAAUUAAAGUUUGACAAAGACCUUCCAUAGUCAGAUUAUAAUUUAUCAUCGAGGGAGAAGACAUCGUUAUUGUUCUAAGCUUAAACUUCCGUGUAGAAGUUGUGAAAUUAAGAUGUUAUUUAUUUA